AUGUCAGACUCGCCGGAUACACGUAGCCUGGUGUCAGCGUCUUCUCAGCUUAACCUCACAGACAUCGAAUCGGAGAUUGACAUUCCACAAGUUGACAUUCCACCAACUCUUAAAAGCAUCCUAAAUGAGACUGAAGACGAGCCAUUUGUCCUGGAAGACACAUCAUUGUCGAAUGCUGAGAAUAUUGACACUCAUUCCUGUGAAACAUCUUCACUUGCCAGCUCAGAUAGUGGUGACAGGAUGUUUUUAAAAAGAAGAAGACGACUGACAGAAAGCAGCACUACUGUUCAUGGAUCUGUUCUCCGACAUAGCACCCUGAAAGGAGUGUCUGCUCAGAUUGUGUCUGCAGCAGACAAGGUGGAUGCUGGUUUACCAACUGCCGUGGCCGUGUCAAAUGUUAUAGCUGUGGGCACAUCACAUGGACUUGCUCUUGUGUUUGAUCCAAACCAAGCACUUAGGCUGUGUCUUGGAAGCACUGCUCUUGGUGGUCAGUAUGGAGCUGUGUCUGCACUCAGCAUUAACAAUGACUGUACUCGACUGCUGUGUGGUUUUGCCAAAGGACAGAUUACCAUGUGGGAUUUAGCAAAUGGUAAGCUGCUUAGAACAAUAACGGAUGCUCAUCCACCUGGAACUGCAAUCCUUCAUAUUAAGUUUACAGAUGACCCAACACUGGCUAUUUGCAAUGACAGUGGAGGAUCUGUGUUUGAGCUGUCUUUCAGAAGAGUGAUGGGAAUGAGAACGUGCGAGUCCCGUUGUUUGUUCAGCGGUUCUAAAGGAGAAGUAUGCUGUAUUGAACCUCUACAUUCUAAGGCAGAAUUAAGAGAUCACCCUAUUGCACAGUACUCUCUGCUUGCUAUGGCAUCCUUAACAAAGAUUUUAUUAAUUGGACUAAAGCCAUCUCUGAAAGUGUGGAUGACAUUUCCUUAUGGUAAGACUGAUCCUGCUAGUGUUCCACUUUUAGCUUGGCACUUUGUAGCUGUUCAGAAGUCUGUGAACCCUAUGUUGGCAUUUUGUCGUGGUGAUGUGGUACAUUUUCUUUUAGUUAAAAAGGAAGAGUCUGGGGCAAUACAUGUCAUCAAGCAAAAACAGCUACACUUAUACUAUGACAUCAUCAGUUUAAUGUGGAUCAAUACUAGGACUCUGGUGUUACUGGAUAGUGCAGAGAAGAUCCAUGUUAUUGACAGGCCAAGUCAAGAAGAGCUGGAGACCUUAGACAUUGCUGAAGUCCAGCUCAUCUAUAACAGCAGUCACUUCAAAUCUUUGGCGACGGGUGGAAAUGUCAGCCAGGCACUGGCAUUAGUCGGUGAAAAAGCAUGCUAUGAAUCGGUGUGCAGCUAUGGAGGACAAAUUGUGUUCCUUGGAACAAAGUCAGUCCAUAUUAUGACCCUCAGAAGCUGGAGAGAGAGAGUGGACCAUUUAUUAAAGCAAGAGAAAUUUGUAGAGGCAUUAUCUCUAUCAUGGUCAUUCCAUGAGGGCACUGCUAGGGCUGUGGUAGGGUUAUUUGGUGACCCAAACAAGAAAAAAGGUGUAGUAGCAGACAAGAUGGUUGAGAUUCUUCUGCAGUAUGCUGACCGUUCAUUAAAGAAAUGUCCAGAACAAGGCAAAAUCCAAGUAAUGGAGCAGCAUUUUCAGGAUAUAGUGCCCAUCAUGGUUGAUUACUGUCUCCUUCUCCAACGCACUGAUUUACUUUUCAGCCAAAUAUAUUCGAAGAUGGGGGAAAAUUCUGUUGCAAAGGGUGUCUUCCUUGAGUGUUUGGAGCAGUACAUCCUCAGUGAUCGGCUAGUUGGCCUUACUCCACAUGUUAUGAAGGAUCUUCUUAUCCAUUUUCAGGACAAUGGCAUGAUGGACAGCAUUGAGUCUUGUAUUGUACACAUGGACAUUACUAGCCUUGAUAUUCAAUGGGUUGUUCAGCUGUGUUGGGAACAUCAUCUUUAUGAUGCAAUGAUUUAUGUAUACAACAGCGGGAUGAAUGAUUACCUUACUCCUAUGGAGAAAUUGUUCCAGAUGAUUGGUCCUCCACUGCGUGCUGGGAAAUCUCUUUCAGAUGAUAAAGUCACCAUGGGUAACAAGCUUCUUGUCUAUAUAAGUUGCUGCUUGGCUGGACGUGCAUAUCCUUUAGGUGAUAUUCCAGAAGACCUUGUUGGUUUGGUGAAAAACCAGGUUUUUGAGUUUCUUAUUCGACUCCACUCCCCUGAAGCCAGUCCUGAUGAGGAAGUGUACCCUUACAUUCGGACUCUUUUGCACUUUGACACAAGAGAAUUUCUCAAUGUCUUGGCAUUGACCUUUGAAGAUUUUAAGAAUGAUAAACAAGCCUUAGAGUAUCAACAGAGAAUUGUGGACAUUUUACUUAAGGUAAUGGUGGAAAAUUCAGACUUUACACCAUCUCAAGUGGGAUGCCUCUUCACUUUUCUUGCUCGACAGCUUGCUAAACCAAACAACACUUUGUUUGUAAACAGAAAGCUUUUUGAUCAGGUUCUUGAAUUUCUGUGUACUCCAAAUGAUGACUCCAGACAUACAGAGAGACAGCAGGUUCUUUUGGAGUUGUUGCAAGCUGGAGGAGUUGUCCAGUUUGAGGAGAGCAGACUUCUUGUCCUUGCUGAAAAGGCCAAGUUUUACCAGAUCUGUGAGUUAAUGUAUGAGAAGAAACACUUCUAUGACAAAAUUAUUUACUGCUAUUUACAUGAUCCUUUAAGAAAGGAUGAGGUUUUCAGCUACAUUCACAACAUUCUUUCGAUCCCAGGACACAGUCCAGACGAAAAGCAGUCAGUGUGGGAGAAGACAAUGGAGCACAUUAAGGAGCUGGCAUUGAUUGAUCCUACCAAAGCAGCUGAUCUAGUUGCUAUUCAUUUUGAAUCUGAAAUUCCAAGUAUUAUUGACAAACUUGAGGAAAAUUUUUUGAGACUGCAGUUUCUGAGGUAUCUGCUUGACCCAAGAGAGGGUAAUCAAAACCUGAAGCUAAUCAAGUUAAACUCUAGUUUCCAUGAGUGCUACCUUGAUCUUCUUUGCAUCUUUAGUCACAGAGAGGUGACAGAAUUUUUAAAACUGUCUGAGCACUAUCGAUUGGAGGAAGCCAUUCAGAUCACUCGGAAGCAUAAUCUGAAUAAUGCUACAGCAUACUUGCUAGAGAAUAAAGGAGAUAUACAAGGUGCUUUCCAGGUCCUACUUGAGGACCUGAAGAAGAAACUUUCAUUACUAACCACUUGUGAUGCAGCUUUGAAAGAAGAUGAGGACUGUCUACAAAGUGUAGAAGCAGCACUGGAGGAAGUGAUAGCACUUUGCCAACGGAGCUCUGAUCAUCUUAACCAAGAGCAAAGAGAGGCGCUGUGGUUCCCAUUAUUGGAGGCAAUGAUGUCACCUCAGAAGUUUCUAAAAGAGUCAUCUUCAUAUAACGUCUCAGAAUCUGUGAAGCUGUUAACAAUGCAAGUUAUGAACAGUAUGACAGGAUUUAUUGCUUUACCAUCAAUUCUGCAACGCAUCCUUCAGGAUCCUGUUUAUGGCAGAGGCAAGCUGGCAGAGAUCAAGGGUCUCAUUCUGGGAAUGCUGGAAACAUUUAACUAUGAGCAGACUCUUCUAGAAACCACUAACAAUCUCUUAAAUCAUGAUCUUCAUUGGUCUUUAUCCAACCUUCGGGCUGCUGUGUGCAAAGGAUUAAGCCCUCGCCUAGAUCAUUGCAGCAUUUGUCUCCAACAAUACAAGAAACGACAGGAGCUAGAUGAUGAGAUCAUAGUUUUCAGUUGUGGCCACCUGUAUCAUUGUCAGUGUCUGCGAAGUAAGGAUUGCAAUCUACAGGGUGAAAGGAGGUCUGGCUGGAGCUGCUAUAAGUGUACUUCCAACAUCAAAGGAAGUAGGCUCAGAGAGAGAGUUGCUGCAAAUACAGACAAACAUAAAUCAUCUUCUCUUGCACAGAUAAAAGUGACAUCUGUUUAUCAUGGAGGAUUUGGGGAAUCAAGAGAUAAAAAGGUUUUUUCAGAUGUGACAUUGGAUGCACAGCAGAGUCAGGCAUUUGACCAACUGUGUUGCAUUUACAGAGGGUCAUCUAGACUGGCCAUUUUAACUGAACUCUCACAAUCCCGUGGUUAUGAGAAGUCCACUCGCCUGAGCCCCAGCACUUCUCGGAGCAGUGGCAGCAUUCACCAGGAGAACUUUGGACUGAAGCUCGCCCCGCCGCCUGUUGCUGAGGACUGAUCAACUCUACUGUGUGCCAUGCCAAUGCCAUAUAAAUAAAGAGAGGAUGAAAACUUG